CACCACCUCUGAACCACUCCACCUAUAAAUCAAUCAACCCACGGAUCAAUCACAAGAACAACAGGCACAGACCAAGGCAACCACCACCUACAGACAGCAGCUAGCCAUCCUGAGUUCCUGACGGUGCUCUGUUGUUCGAGGAAAGGAAGGAAGCAGAGCGACAAAUGGCGGCGAGGGCGGCGACCAUGCUGGCCGCGGGGGCGCUCGUCGUGGUCGUCGCGGCAGCGGUCCUGGCCGGGGGCGCGUCGGCGCAGUCGACGAGCGGGUGCACGCAGACGCUGAUCGGCAUGUCGCCGUGCCUCAACUACAUCACGGGCAACGAGACGGCGCCGUCCAAGUCGUGCUGCUCGCAGCUCGCCGCGGUGGUGAGCUCCAAGCCCGAGUGCCUCUGCGUCGCGCUCAACGCCGACCCCGCCGCGCUCGGGCUCGGCCCCGUCAACAAGACCCGCGCCAUCGGCCUCCCCGACCAGUGCGGCGUCAAGACGCCGCCGCUCAGCAACUGCGCCUCCGCCCCCACCACGUCGCCCUCGUCCGGCUCCAGCGAGCCGGCGGGACAGACGCCGACGUCGUCCGGAGCUGGGUCCAAGUCGACGCCAAUGACGGACGUGGGGAACGGCGUCGCGUCGCUCCAGAGCUCGGCCGCCGGCAUCGUCGCCGGAUUCAUCGUGGCCGCCGUCUACGCCCUGGCCGCCAUGUGAUCCAUCCCACUGACGGAUCGACGCGGUCUCUUCUUCUAUCCAAUCAGUAGUGAUUCCAUUUGAGAUUAAACUGGUGUUCGUGGAUCGGGUUGGCGCGCAUACAUGUGAAUGUGAUCCAUGGCCGAUUCCAUUUGUUGUACCGUGACAUGCAUGAGCUUAUCUACUUGAUUCAUUGUUGCCUUUUGAAUAAACAUUUUAUUGUAUCACUGGAUGUGUCUAUCAUGAAUUCAUUGGA